AUGCGUGCAAUCCGCCAACCAACAACGUUCUUGUCGCGAUUUCUGCAGGAUCCUGGGUAUGUUCGACUCAGACUUCUUCCUAGUACAUACCACAACUGCCCGUCCAGAUCGAUUAGAGAGUAUGGCGGUUGCGCAGAUGCUCAGAGACUAAAGUUGCUGGCUGCAAGCAUCUUACUAUCCCAGCAGAUUCAAUCCAGAAAUGUCUCACCCGCGUAUGAAGUCUUUGGUUAUUGCAACUACUACCAUGUCUACUCCGAAGUCCUUCCAUAUGAUUAUUGUGACCCAGGGCAAUCUGACAAAGAAUCUGUACACUACUGCCCACAGCCCCCUCAUCUUGAAAUUUUGACCGGAAACAGCCACUCGGCAUUCCCGAGGCUGUACGCGGGGUCAGUUUCAUUCAACCUUGCAUCUAUGAUCUUGGCUCAGUGGCGGAGAUCGAACCAGGCGCAUCGCGAACAUUACUGUACUGUUCACGGUACGGUCAAGUGGGCGCCGGAUGGCCCCAUUAUUGUGCGGAGUCAUGCUAAGGCUUCCAAGGGUCUGAGCAUCUCUGAGUAUCCAGACUGCUCAGUUUACGGUUGGUCGCCUAGUGAUCUAGCACCUUUCUCCGUCGGCCCCUUAGAAAUGGCCGCUAUAUUAGUCGUUAUGCCGCUACUGCGCGCAUUGCCUUUGGAGCCGGCCUGCUAUUCUCCUGUCCAUCUCUGGGAAGUUUCUUUUUGCGGCGAUCGGCUCUGGUGUGUCACGUUCUCUGCGCGAUUGAACACGAGCAACAUGGGAAACAUGUGCGAGUCUGUUCGUCGAGGGGACAAAGGCAUACUCAUUUUUGUGGAUGUUCCCAAAGCAAAAAGCACUGAUAGAAUUCUACUUGUCAUCCGAAUCCUUCGUGCAUAUAGAUUUGUAAACGUCAUGGUCAUGUCAAUCUCCGUCGAGGCCCCGCAAGACAUAAAAGGCCGCGAUGAUCGUCGGUCUUUGCACGAUGCUCGCCCGCUCGAUGAGCAGGAUUUUCGACACGGAAUAUGCUAA